AUGGCUUCCAAUUUUAAUGAUAUAGUAAAGCAAGGGUAUGUCAAGAUUAGGAGCAGACGUUUGGGCAUUUAUCAGAGAUGUUGGCUAGUCUUCAAGAAAGCAUCUAGCAAAGGGCCCAAAAGAAUGGAAAAAUUUUCAGAUGAGCGUGCUGCAUACUUCAGAUGUUACCACAAGGUUACAGAACUUAAUCAUGUGAAGAAUAUAUUGCGGUUGCCAAAAGGCACAAGGAAACAUGCUGUGGGGAUAUAUUUUAAUGAUGACACAUCCAGGACUUUUGCUUGUGAAUCAGAACUUGAGGCAGAUGAAUGGUGCAAAGUCCUGCAAAUUGAGUGCCUGGGGACUCAGAUUAAUGAUAUUAGCCUUGGAGAACCUGACCUAUUGGCUUCCGGUGUAGAGAGGGAACAAAAUGAGAGAUUCCACGUGUAUUUGAUGCCAUCACCUAAUUUAGAUGUGCAUGGGGAAUGCACCUUGCAGAUAACAUUUGAAAAUAUCUGUCUUUGGGACAUUCAGAAUCCCAGAAUAAAACUGGUCUCUUGGCCUUUAAGUGCCCUCCGGAGAUAUGGGCGGGACUCAACUUGGUUUACAUUUGAAGCUGGAAGGAUGUGUGAUACUGGGGAAGGACUAUUCGUCUUCCAGACAAGAGAUGGAGAGGCAAUCUAUCAGAAAGUCCACUCAGCUGCCCUGACCAUAGCAGAACAACAUGACCACUUACUGCAGAGUGUGAAAAACUCCAUGCUCCAGAUGAAAAUGACUGAGCGAGCAGUUUCUCUUGGCACUAUGGUCCCUUUACCCCGGAGCGCUUAUUGGCAGCACAUCACACGGCAACACAGCACUGGACAGCUCUUUGGCUUACAAGGUGGGGUGCUGAUCCCACUGAAGAUCCACAGAACAGAAACCUUUCCCACCUAUCGGUCAGAGCAUUGAUAAAAUGGAGCCAAGGACUUUAAAAAGCUGUGUGUGUUUGUUGAGAUGGACUGGUCUGGCACCAAGGCUUUCACUGAACUGGAGAACAAUAAUGAAGCAGACAAAAGGAAGAAAGACUGGAUUAUGACUGCUAGAUUAUUC